UGUACCGCGAUGAGUUAACAUCGAUGUAUGGUUUAUAAGUGUUAUAAUAAGUUGUAAAAAAAAAAUAAUAAAAAAGAAAAUUGAAGUGUUUUGAAUAAGUAUUGAAAAUAUACACACAAUGAACAAAUAAAUAAAGUGAAAAAGUUAAAAAAAAUAAAUAUAUAUAUUAUAGCAAAUUUAUAGAUAUAUAUAUGUAUAUGCAUGAAUGUAUAUAUACUGAAGCGUAAUAUUGUGUUUGUGUACUAAAAAAUAAAAAAAGGUUUUUGAAUUUUAGAAAUCAAUAACAAAAGAAACUAAAAAAGAUAAUAUAAUUUUUUUUAUAGAAAAGAAAAACAAAAAAGAAAAAAAAAUUGGAGAAAUUAAUGAAAAAAGAAAAAAUUAUUUUUUGUGAAAAUUGAAAUUAUCAUUUAUGUAUACCUAAUUCAAAUUAAAAAAAACUUUGCGAUUAAAUUUGGAGAGGAGUUUACGAGAAAAUAGUUCUUUUUUAUUUUUUUUUAUUUUUAAUAGAGUUUUAUAAAUGGAUACGUUACAAAUUGUAAUUUUAAAUGGAUAAAAAUUGGCAAAUAAUUUUAAUAACGCCUUAUAACAUCAAAUGGCCAAAAUUUUCAAAAAAGGAUUACAUAUAUUUUAAUGAGUAGAAAAAUAACAAUAGAAUUAAAGAAAAAAGAUAGAAAAAAGGGGAAGAAUCAACAUUAUUAUUCAAAAUAAGUUAAAAAAAAUAAAGAAAAAUAUAAAAAAUAAAAAUAGAGAGAAGAAAAUCAUAAAAAAAAGAAAGAAAAAAGAUUAUAAAGCAAAAUAAAAAAAAAAUUAACAAAAAAAAUCUCUUCGUCUCCAUGAAGAACAUAAAACAAAAUGGUACGAGAAUGGUACGAAGCAGUACGUGAAGAAAGGAUACGUGAUCUUUUGAAAAGAUCAACUGAGGAAGUUAUAUCACAUAAUUUAAAUGAUCACAAUGUGGGGCAUUACAAAUGGAACAACAAUUAUAUUACCAAAGAUCCUUCUGAACGACAUAUUGGAAGACGAAAUAGCUAUCAUUCAGGUGAUCUAAGGGGUAGCCAAAGAAAAAGAGUAUAUCGAAAUGUCCCUUAUUUAUCGACAGAUCAAAGAUCAAAUUCGACUGGUCAUCACAGAGUACCAUCUUGGAGUGAAAUUAAUCCAAGUGCUGAAAAUGAAGCUGAUUCACUAGUUAUAUCCGGUUUUGACAUAUCACAACCACAAGAACAUAUUAUUUAUUGCAGUGCAAAUAACAGUACCAUAGUGCAUUCCGAUUCAAGUAGCUAUGAUACCAAUAUUUUAAAAAACAAAAGAUCAAAUUCAACAUCUAAAUUGCAAUGUCGUCGUAACAAUUCAUUUAGCGAUCGGCAAUUCGAUCGCUCAAAUUUCCUAACACCAUUAAAAAGCAGAGAAAAUAGCAUUAACGAUUGUACAUUAAAAUGUCAGGGUAAUGCUAUAUCGAAAAGCUUAUUUUCACUGAAUUCAACCAAUUCUAACUCAAAAGGUUUAUCUUCACGUAGUCUACAUUCAAGUUCAUCAGUUGGCAGUGAUAUAUUACUACAAUCACUUUCACGCGGGAUGCAUGACAAAUCAUUAAUUUCAGCUAAAUUUUCGACUGUGCUAGCGCCUAGCCAAAGUGGAACAAAUUAUAAAACAACAAUUUGUAAAAGUGAUAAUAUUAAAUAUCCUAACAGUAGUUAUGAUAAACAUAAUUUUGAGAAUAACAACAGUGGUAAAAGUAAUAACGAUAGUAAUAAUAGUAAAAAUAUUAAUAAAGAUAAUAAUAAUAAUAAUAAUAAUAAUAAUAAUAAUAAUAAUAAUAAUAAUAAUAAUAAUAAUAAUAAAGAUAGUAAUAAUAAUAAUAAUAAAAAUAACAAUAAUAAUAGAAAUAAUAACAAUAUGAGUGAUAAUAUCAAAAAUAAAAAUAGGGAUGAUAAUAAAAAUUACAAUAAACACACCAGUAAUAAUAACAAUAUAACUUAUUACGAAAUGGGUUAUGUUUAUAAUAAUUAUAGUAAUAAUGAAUAUUGUAAAAGUAAUGAUAAUCAAAGUAAAAAUAAUAAUGAUAAUGAAAAUAAUAAUAAUAGCGAAAAUAAGAGUAAUGAUAGUGAUAAUAAUAACACUGGUAAUAAUGAAAAUAAUGAUAAUAAUAAUAGCCAUAGUAAUAAUCAUAACGAUAAUGGUAGUGAUGGUGGAAGUGGUAAUGGUAGCGGUAGUGGUAGUGGCAAUAGUAAUGGGGGUGGUAAUGGAAGUGGUAACGGUAGCGGUGAUGGCAGUGGUAGUGGAAGCGGUAAUGGUAAUGAUGAUAAAGAUAAAAAUAAUAAUAAUAAUAAUAAUAAUAAUAAUAAUAAUAAUAAUAAUAAUAACAAUAAUAACAAUAAUAACAAUAAUAAUAAUAAUAAUAAUAAUAAUAAUAAUAAUAAUAAUAAUAAUAACAAUAAUAAUAAUAAUAACAAUGAUGAUAAUAGUAAUGAUAAUGAUGUCGACAAUGACAAUGAUAAAGAUGCUAAUAACGAUCACGAUAGCAACGACAUUGAUAAUGAUAAUAGUAAAAAUACUAAUGAAAAUGAUAAUAGUAAUAACUAUGAUAAUGAUAGUAGUAACAAUGACAACAAGAAAAACGAUAGUGAUAGUGAUAUUUUCAUAUAUAAUGAUAAUCAAAGCCGAUAUAAAAAUAACGAUAAUAGUAAUAAUAUAGAAAGUUGUAAUAAUUAUAAAUUAAAUAAAGAUAAUCAAUAUAAAAUAGUGACAAAUAAGAGAAUACAUAAUAACAAAUUAAUUAAUACUAGUUAUAAUGAUAACGAUGAUGAUCACACUACCAACGAUAAUAAACAUAAUGAUUGUCAUGAUGAUGACGAUGACAAUUCAAAUGAUGAUAGUAAUAGUGACGAUCAUGAUAAUGAUAACCAUAAUAAUAAUGAUAACGAUAGUGAUAAUAAUAAAGGUAAUGUUAAUGAUAAUCGUCAUUACAUUGAUAUCGAUAUCGAUAAUGAUUUUGAUAACGACAAUGAUAAUGAUAGUGGUAGAGACAAUGAUGACGAUAAUGAUGAAUAUAAUUAUAAUAGUAAUAAUAAUAAUUAUAACAAAAACUAUAAUCAUAAUAAUACUAACAAUAAUAACGGUAGCAGAAAAUGUAACAGAAAUAAUAAAAUAAAUAGCAAUUAUAAUGCAAAUAAUAGUAAUGAUAAUAAAGAUAAUAGCAGUAGUAAUAAUAAUUAUAAUAGCAAUAAUUAUAAUAAUAUCUAUAGCAACAACAAUAAUACAAAUAGUAAUAACGAAAAUAGUAAUGAAAGUAAAAAUAAAAAAUGCAAUAAAAGCAAUAAUAAAGCUAAACCUAGUAAUAUUAAUAAUAAUAAUAAUAAUACCAAUAAUACCAAUAAUAAUAGUAAUAAUACUAAAAAUAAUAGUAAUAGUAAUAUUGGCAGUAAUAAAAUCAAUAGUAAUACUCUUAAUAAUAAUAAUAUUAAUUGUGGAAAUCCAGUUGUUCAUUCCGAAGAUAAUCGACCUUUGGCUAUCUGUGUCAAAAAUCUACCAGCACGUUCCUCGGAUACAUCCCUAAAGGAUGGUCUAUUUCAUGAGUACAAAAAACAUGGUAAAGUCACCUGGGUUAAAGUAGUUGGGCAAAAUUCUGAGCGAUACGCUUUAGUUUGCUUUAAAAAACCAGAAGAUGUUGAAAAAGCGAUAGAAGUAUCACAUGAUAAGUUAUUUUUUGGUUGCAAAAUCGAAGUUAUACCUUAUCGAGGCUAUGAUGUUGAAGAUAAUGAAUUUCGACCAUAUGAGGCUGAAUUAGAUGAAUAUCAUCCUAAAUCUACACGAACUUUAUUUAUAGGUAAUUUAGAAAAGGAUAUAACAAGUGGUGAGUUACGUAAGCAUUUUGAAUGUUUUGGUGAAAUAAUUGAAAUCGAUAUCAAAAAGCAAGGUAUGAACGCUUAUGCUUUUUGUCAAUAUUCAGAUAUUAUAUCGGUUGUUAAAGCUAUGCGUAAAAUGGAUGGUGAACAUCUUGGAUCUAAUCGAAUUAAAUUGGGGUUUGGCAAAUCCAUGCCAACUAGCUGUGUUUGGAUAGAUGGGAUUGCAGAUAGUGUUAGUGAAAAUCAUUUAACAGGACAAUUUUCCCGUUAUGGACCUGUAACGCAAGUUUGCAUUGAUAGAGAACGUAAAUUAGCAUUAGUAUCAUUUGAUCAAAUACAAUAUGCUCAAAUGGCUGUGAAAGAAAUGAGAGGUGCAACGAUACGUGGGUGGAAAUUACAAGUAGAUUUUGCUUCGCGUGAAUGUCAAGAAGCAUUUUAUGAGAAAUUAGAUAAACAAAGUAUUAGUGCAGGUGGUAGCAGUAAUAAUCCUCGUUCGUUUAUCCAACGGUAUGAGACAUCGCAAUCAAAUCAGUCAAGAUCUCGAACUUCGUCUUUUAGUGGCCGCCAUAAUUUGAAUAAUUGUGGUGGAACUGUGUCACCAAUUAAUGUUUCUAGUAGCAUUAAUAGCGGUUGUUGUAUGACUGGUAACAAUAAUUCUCGUGGCUCACGUUCAUCUCGAAAUGUACGUCAUGUAAAUAACAGUGAGUUUGAUUUUCCAACGACACCAUCCGAUGUGGGAAAUAGUACUAGCGGUAGUAAUAGACGAUUUCGUAGUUAUGAUGAAUAUAAUCCGAGUGCUGGUGCAUCAUAUAAUGACGAUGCAUUAACAGGAACAUCGUAUUAUAAUAGCGCAAUAAAUGUUAGCAGUAAAGAACAUCAGCGUUCAGGAUCUCCGCAAUCUAGAUUAUGUUUAAAUUACGGUAAUAUCAAUGCAAGUAGCUGUCCUGUGGAUUCGCUUGAUGUUAAUAAUACUAACGGACGAAGGCGUUGCGAUAAAAGCCCAGGUGAUAUUCGAAAUUUACAAAAAGAGAGAUUUCAUUUAUUAGAGCAAUUAGAAGAAUGCCCGUCCAGCGGUGAUGAGUUAAUUAGUCCUAAGAAAAGGAUGAAAUUUGAUCAUUCUUCUCAUCAUCAUAAUCAUCACCACACAUUAUCUAAUUACCAAUCAAAUCAAAUAGAUUCUUCUUCUUCUAAUACUAAUAGCAACAACAAUAAUAAUAGUAGUAAUAACAAUAAUAACAAUAAUAUGCAGCAACCAACACAUACGAAUGUUACUGAAUCUAGUUGUGAUGUGUUGGGAAAUCACGGCAAUGAUUUAUUAUUACAUUCAACAUCAAGCUGCAACGUAAAUCCGCACAAUCAUAGAAAGUGUGUUGAAAUUCGUCGUUUAUCUGAAUGCAAUACCCUUAAAUAUGGCAACCAAAUGUUAAAUUGUAGUAUUAGUAGUAAUUUUAAUAGUAAUAGUAGUCGUCGGCCGUCCAUAGAAUCCGGGACGUUAAGUAGUUGUAUUUUAAGUAAUAGUAAUAACAUUAGCAUAAGUUCAGUACGACAACCUACUUUAUUGCAAACGCAAAGCCAGCAACAAAAUAAUGGAAAUGAUCAUUAUGUUGGUCAUAAUAGUUCUGUUUAUAUACAAACUCAUCAACCAUGUAAACGGAGGCGUAUGGGUAGUUCUAUACAAGUUCAAAAUUGUGGUAAUAACAUUAAUAGUGGUUCAGUGUCAUUAUCGCAACAUUCUCUAGCUUCUUCUACAAUGAAUAAUACACCUGGUGUAAAUAUAAAUAUUGGGCAGGAUACAAGUGAUUAUCAUACAUCUCGCGGACGAGGUCAUCAGUUACAUUCGCACCAUUCUCAUGAAGCAUCCGGCGGAGAAAGUGCAGAUGGUUCUAGACCCGGUACACCGCUAUGUGAUGAAAGACCUGAAAUAGCUCCAUGUGAACCAAGAAAAAUACCCAGAGAUAGACCUCAUGAGCCAAUGAUGUUACCAGUACCAAAAUGGGGAAUACAAUUUGUUCAACAGCAUAAAAGUAUUGCUACUCCACUUGCAUUAUCAUCUCAAUAUUAUACAUCACUUAAUUCAUCUUCGCUGUCGUCGCUGAGUUUGAACAACAAUAGUUUAAAGAUUUUUAAUUCAAAUACUUCGACCUUGUUAAAUAGUAAUAGUAGUCAUUCUAGUCUACUCAAUCCGUUAUCAAGUCCACCUUUGUUAACUGGAACGAAGCUUCAUUCUUUAACGUCUGUAAGCACACAACCAUCAUCAACGCCUGCUCAGCAACAGUUAUACAAUCAAUCGCUUAAUUCUUCGUCGUCAUCAUCAUCAUCGUCUGCGACCCACCAUCAUUAUCAUCAUCACGCUCAUCAUGAGCAUCAUGGCAGUAUUGGUUAUGGCAGUCAAACUUCCCCAAUGUCACAGCAACAUCAUCAUCACUCACAAAAUUUGCAAAAUACAAAUUUAGAAAAUGAAAAUUCGGUAUUUAAUACAAAGCAAUCACCACAACUUGGAACUAGUCCAAUGCGAGCUCGUUCAUUAAGCUCAAACUCUAGUGAUUCCGAUGCUGUGCCUUUCGAAAGCGGACCUACAAUGGAAGAGCGAAUAAAAGCUCUUGACGAAAUGUUCGAAAAAUGGUCUGGUAAUAAUAGCACAACCGUUGGUUCUUUGAUAAACCGUCCUUUAAAUUCAAGUGAUUUAUCACAGAAUAGUAGCAUUACCUCUAUAAAUUAUAGUGCAAUAAAUAUACCUUCUGCAACAUCUAGUUUUUUAUCGCGUCAUAAAUUUCUUGAUUUAGAUGUUAAUGAAAUGAAACCAUCCGAUAUUGCUAAAUCAGUUUUAGGAAAAAAGUCAGUAUUUGAUGAUGACUAUCAACGACUGAAAAACGUUAAUGAAAAGUAUGAACCUAAAGAAUUUUUAAAUAUUUCAAAAACCCCACCAGCAAUACCAAACUUAGCAGCUACGAAAACAUCUGUUGUAGGAUGUUCAUCUUUAUUAAGCAAUUCAAGUAAACCUUCAACACCUACUUCGAUGGUAUUUUCGACAUCAAGUAAUUUACAAAAAUUAAGUUCGCCAAUGAAUAGUCCUCAAGCAUCGUUGUCACCACAUAAUAGCCCUUCUCUAUCUCCAAAUAUGCUAUUUGGCUCUACCAAAUCAACGGCUCUUGUACAACCGCAGCCUGUGAAAAGUUUGCAAUAUCCAUUUCCAAGUCAUCCUCCAAGCAAUCAAACUUCAGUCACUCCUUCUUGUAACUCUAUUAUUAAUAAUUCAACGAACUCGAUUAAAAGCAGCACAGUAGAAGCCACCAAUCAAGCUUCAACAAAAUCAACUGAUAAUAAACAGGAUGCUCUUUCAUCAGCAAAAGAUAACAAUGUUUUCAAUGACAAACAAACCAUGAACAGCCAAGGUUAUCCUCCUAUCUCUAGCCCGUCUACUUCAGUUACUAUAACAUUAAAUCCAGCAGUAAAUAUGCGACCUAUAGCUAAAUCUGUUUUGGCCUCAGGAAAUACAAAUUCUGGUACGAAAAUAUCAAGUACAUCUUGUAAUACUCUCUGUUCACUGCCAAAUGACAACCCUCACAAAAUAGAUGAAAUUGAAACUGACAGUAUUAACUUAUCAGCAACAACACAAACUCAAUGUCAAAUACAAAUCAAGGCAUCAACUAUAUCAAAGAAAAAUGAGAAGAUAAGUAAAAAUAGUAACAAAUGCGAGGUAGAAUAUAAGAAAAUGAUUUCAAGGAAUGAAAAAUUGACAGAAAAAGAAACUUCAGAUAAAUCAGAUAAUGAACAUAUUAACAUUUUUGUAGAUAAUCAUAAGAAAUAUGAAGCGAAUGAAACAUUUAAUCUAGAAAGUUUAGAAAAAGAAUCAAUUGAAAAAGAAAAAUACCGACGAGUAGAGAAAGAAAAGCUAGAAUGUGGAAAAUAUGAUAAAGAACUACAGAAAAGGAAAGAAAAAGAAAACAAAGAAGAAAAUGAAAUUUCACAAUCUUUUGAAAAGAAAAGUAAAGAAUUACAUGAAAAGUGUGAUCGGGAUAAAAAAGAAGAGAAAAAUAUUGAAUUGAAAGAAAAGAUUGAGGCAACCGAAAAAAGAAGAAAGGAACAUGAAAUUGUAGAGAACGACCAGACGGUAAAACAGAAAAUGGAAUCCGAUAAAAACAUUCAAGUCCAAAGUGAAGAUAAGAAAAUUAAAUUUCAUCAUAAAAUAUGGACUGAGCAGAGAGAUAAUGCUGACAAGCAUAAAGAAAACAAAAACAUAGAAAAUGUGAAAUCUGAUACAGAUAAAAAAGAACACGAGUAUACAGAGUGGAAAAACCAAGAAGAAAAGCUAAAACUUGAAGAUCGAGACUUUAAGGAGUCUGAGAAAAAGGGCUUAAACGCUAAACCCAAGAAAGAAUUUGAAAGAUCUAAUAGCCUGGAAAAGAAUAGUGUCAAAAAAGAAAUGUGUGAUUUUGGGCAUUCUGAUUUGAAGGAAGAAAAAGAUUUGUAUCAUGCACCCUUCAGAAAUAAGAUUGAAAAACAAGAAGAUGAAACUCAAUCCAUAUUUUUUGACAGCGAAAUUAGAGAUAAAGUAAAACUGGAGUCGCAAUCGUCUACUACGAGCAGCAGUUCGUUAAAAAUGACUGAAAAUUGUAUUAACGUAGAUGAUUUUGCGGGCCAAACAAUAAAAGAAAAAAAAUAUAAUGAAAACUAUGUACAAGAUAAUUUUUCUUUGCACAAGAGAAAAGAUGAUUCUAAAUUUACUAAUCCCGAUGCACAUUAUACAAAACGGCGAAUUAGUUCUCAGGAUAGUGUAACUAGUUCAGAAGACAAUAAUAAAAGAAUUAGAAUAGGUAGUGAUGAAGAAGAUCGUAAAGGUUUCGAUCGUCGAAGUUCGAAGGAAUCACAGAGCUCUAAGAUACCAUUCAGCAUUAAAUCACAUCAACAAAACCAAAGUAGAACAAGCUCGUCGUCAUCGAGAAGCAAUGAAGAUAAAAUUGUCUACUCUAUAGAAGAUAAACAUCGUAAAGAUCCAAAUUCAAGAUUUGAGGAGAAAAAACAUUCUAAAGAAAAAACGAAAUUCAAUUUUGGAUCUACAAACGUAUCACCUCAUAAACAAAAAGUAAAUGUUGAUACUUGCAUUGGUGAUACCGAAAAAGAUAUACCAUCAAACACAAUUGACUGUGAAACAGCUUUUAGUAUUGAAGAUCUAAGAUCUACUGAUGAGGAAGACUUUUCGCAACAGCACGAACAUCAUCAUUCAACUAAUAAAAGUCAAAAAUCGAAAAAGAAAGAGAAACGGGAUACCGAAAUAGAAGAGAAUUCAAUGCGAUUGAGUUUAUUCAAUGCAAUUAACAGAAACUCUGAAUCAACUAUUAACACGCACCAGAGAAAACAUGAGAGAUGUCAACAAGAUCGCAAGCAACAGUCAUCGCGAUCUGAAGAAUGUAAUAGUUUAUCUUCAAAACAGCUUCUUUCAUCUGAAAAAUCUCGAAAUAAAGUACUAUCAACAAGUAGAAAAGCUCCAUUUAGCUCGGAUGAGUCGAAUUCUGACGAGCCUAAAAAACAUUCCAUAUUUGAUAUACCAGAUGACGGACCAUACGUUUCAAUGUAUGAUAAAGUAAAGGCUCGUUCUUGUAAAAAUAUGCAGAAACAAGAAGAGGAGAAAAAAAUAAAAGCAAAGUUUUCACAAUUGAAACAAUGUCGAGCGAAACGUGAAGAAAAGAAACGUUCCACAAGUUAUGAUGGAGAUUCAGAUUCAGAUUUUGAUAUAAGUGAACACAGAAGGGGCAAAUAUCGAAGCAAACCAAAUCAUAAUAUUACAGGAGUUAUUAGUUCAUCCGACGAAAGCUCCUUUAGACCACAACGGGAAAGUAUAAUUUCAGAUUCUGAUUCUGACAUUCGAAUUCAGUAUAACCGAACACGUUCAAACAAUAUAUGUGAUGAUAAUGAGACUAGUGCCGAAGAAAUCCAAAAUCAGACAAGGAUACAUUCAAAUAAUUCAUCAAAUACAAAAAUUUCCAAAAAGCGAAAUUCUCGAGGAACUCGUAUAAUGUCUGAAACUUCUGAUUCUGAAAUAGAUAAAAGGGACAAGUUCGAUAUAAACCAACAAACAAGCAAAUCAUCAACAGUUGGUGAUGAUUCAACACCUUUCAACUAUGAAAUUAAAAAGGAAGUCGAUGUUACUAACGAUAAUGUAGAUGAAAAUAAGCCAAGUCUCACGAUAACUGAUAUUAAUCGUGACACGGAAGAUAAAAUUAAAAUUGAAAUAAAACACGAGUCGUACAAUCCACAUCACGAAUGUAUCUCUGAAUCCGAUAAUAAUGUUUCUGCUAUAACCUCACAUAUUGAUAAUAAAGAUCUAAUUUUUAAUCAAUUGUUUUCUCCAGAGAGCAGAAAAAAACAUAAGAAAAAUAAAAAACAUCAAAAAGCACAAACUCAUGUUAAUAAUACAAAUGUAGUUGAUGUGGAAAAGCUGGAAGAUUCUGAUAAUAAAGGAACUUUUUCAUCUCCUUUGGAGCAUGUUUUUGAUGAGUUGAAAAGAGAGCAACUUCUUGAGCAACAACAGCCUAAUAUAUCGCAUGCUGCUGUAAAUAUUAACAAUCAUUCUUCUCAACAUUUUGAAAAGAAAAAACAUAAAGACAGAAAAGAAAAGAAACGUGAAAAGUAUCGUAUUGACGACUCGAGCAAAAAUUUAAGUAAAGAAGAACGACAUCGUUUGAAAAAGGCAAGGAAAAUUUCCAAGGCCGCAAAUUCCUUAUCUUCCGAUAUAUAUGAAAUAAGUAAGAAUAGCCCAGAGAGAAAUAACUAUUGCGCAUUCGAUUCCACUCUUGUUGCUGCCGCAAAAAGAAGUGGAAAAAUGGUUGAAAACCUUUUCGGAUCAUUAUCAGAUGAUGAAUCUCAAUUGUCACCUAUUGACAAAGCAGUCUCAAAUGAUUUGAUGGAUAAAAAUGUAACACCUAACUAUGUUGAAACAAACGUAAAAGAAGAUACAGCAAAUACCUCAAAUAUUUUUAAGCAAGAACCUCUUACACCCAAAUCACAUACCGUUGAAGAGAAUGAAGAGAAUAAAUUAAAAAUAUCUUCGUCAGAAAGAGAGCGUCAUCGAAAAGAAAAACGCGAAAGAAAACGAAAGGAGCGUGGAAAAUCAAAAGAACAUCAUGUUCUAUCGACAAUUCAAAAUAAAUUUGACGAUGAUAAUAGCGUUGAUUUAGAAGAAGCCGGUCGAGUGCUUGAAGCACAACUACUGGCAGACUCUUCCACAAUGGAAGAUCAAACACCUUCGACUGCCACAACACAUAAAAGCGAUAUGACAGACGUAUUUCGUUUUUCGGAUGCUGAUGAAAACAGCGUUGAAAUAGUUCCCACAAUUGAAAAAACUGAAGUCUCAGAAUAUCAUAAAAUUAAGGACAAAAAGAAAAAGAAGAAAAGGUCUAAAGAAGACAAGCAUCACCUCAAACGAGAACAUCAUCAACACAUCAAUUCUAUGGUGACAUCAACUGCGGUAUCUUCCAGUCCGAAUAACAACAAAUUAUCAGUAUCAAUACACUCUGCUAAUAAUGAGCUAAAAAAAUCUCCUAUUUGUAAGCCGUCACCAAGCUUACCUUGUUUAAUUGACGAUGAAAGCCCUUUAGCAAAUUUUGACAGUUCACCAGUAAAAAGUAACAGUGAUAACGAUGUUGAGAGUUCAAAAAUAUUGGAUUCCGCUGAAUUAGAAAGUUCAACAUUAGUAAAAUCCCCAGAGCCGUCACCUGUUAAAUUAGUAGAAUCUAAAAAGAAACCAGAGAAAUAUAUACCUGGCUUUGAUGGAGAAUUAGACGAAAAAAUUAGCGAAUCUGCAGUAAAAUCAAUUUCUGCCGAAUUUGAUUCGCUCAUCAAUCCUGUUUGUACGGAACCAAAAAUACCAAUAGCAAGUCCACCGGACUCCAGUAAAGUUGCUGAAAAAGAUGAAGAGAAAUCUCGUGUUGUAAUUUCACAAGAAGAAACCGAAGAUGCUGUAGCGGCUUUACUGGGAGAAAGUUUUGGUAACUCUUCAGUUACUGACUAUUCUUUCAACGAUGACCCGAUAGACGUUCCUUCAGAAGAAAUAGACGCUUCAACUGACGGUGUUGUUGCCACAAUUCCUGAAGAAGAUGCUGAAGAAAUGCGUAAGGCAGUUCAAAGCUUAAGCGCCGCAGAGGAUAUUGACAUAAAAGCGCAAACACCACAGUCAGAAAGUGAUCUGCAAAUCGAUACAGAUAUUGAAGAGCCCGAUACAAAUAACUGUGGCCAAAUGAAAUUCGAUGUUUGCCCAAGAACUCCAGACAUUGAUUUAUCUGAUAAUGGUAAACUAAAUGAAGAAACCAAUUUUAAUUCAGCAAAAUGUUCCCCUAAUAAUGUUGUUGAUUCCGCCGAAUGCAGAGAUGACAAAGACGAACAUGAAUGUAAAAAUAAAGCUAUGGUUUCUGAAGUUAAAGUCUGUAAUAAAAAAGAAGAGAAAGAAUCGAAAGAACCUGACAAUCAAAAUUCAAAGGAAGUAAUUCCUGUGUCAGAAUUUGUAAAUAAAAAUGAAGUUAAAAUGGAUGAUUCUAACAAUAAGUCAGCUAGUGGCUCUAUUUUAUCAAACACAGUUUUCCAGAAUGAUAAAAUUGAAGAAGAAAAUUCACCAGUUAUUUGUUUAUCACCUACAAAGCAGCGCUUGGUCAAUAGUUCCUUUAGUCAAAAUCGCUCGCAAUAUAUUCCACAACCACCGAACAUCUCUAUACCAGAUUCGGGCCAAUUCAAUUUCAAUCAAGCUAUAAAUGUUGUCUUGUCACCCAAAAUGUCUACAUCAGCAGCUGAUAUAAAUUUGUCACCACCACGUCAACAUUCUCCUCAAACAAUAAAUAAUACUCAAGCACAAAAUAUUUCGACGACAAAUGCUCCUUACACAAUGAAUUUACGAGUACAGUCUCCACACACUGUACGAAUUCAAAAUUCACAACAAAAUUCUAGUACAACAGGGCAACAUAUAUUAGUACAGCCAAGACAAAUUUUAUCUCCACCUAAUACAAAUGUAUCCUUAGCCAGUCCAUCUGUCAUGGUUAACAGAGUAACAGCUACAACUGUUCUUUCAUCCGUGCCAAAGCCAAUGCAAGCAACUAGCAUAUUGCUGCCUCAAGCAACACAUGCUCAAACGCCAAUUUCAGAUGUUUCAAACAUCUCUACCUCAAUAAAUGUCCCAGAGCUUAAACAAGAAAUCAAGAUGUCAACUGGACAAACUUUAACAUAUCAAAGCUCAAGAGUAAAUAUUCAGACGCAACCGGUUACUAUCUCACAGCAUAAAAUUUCAAGUCAAAGCCAAAUAAUUUCACAACCAAUUGUAAAAUCUGUUAUUGAAAGUAGUUCUGGCCAACAAACAUCUCAAAAUGGCAACGCACAACAGCAAUCAUCUUCAGCUCAACAUGUUCAUCUGCAGCCGAAAACCCAAUCACAUCAGACAAUUGUUUUACAACAAACAGUUUCACCCAAAUCCAUGCAAACACAACAUUCACAACGAAUAACACAACAGCAAAUUAAAACAGUUCAACAACCUCAUCAACAGCAUCAACAUGUAAUACAACAACAAAUUCAAAAUAUUCCUACAAAACAAGAAAACCAUCAAUCAACACAAAAAACCAAUUUUGUACAAAAACCGCAACAAAUUUCAACUGCUCAAUCGCAAAUUGGUUCUCAACAAACAUCUAAUCAAUAUCAUGGACAAACUCAACAAAGGGUUGUUCAACAUUCUCCUCUAUUACAAGUUCAUCAAUACGCGCAACCGUCACAAUCUACAAUAAUUUCACCUCAGUCGGCAAUCAUACAAACAGUUGGCUCUCAAAAUAAGGAUACCAACAACUCAGUUUUGGGAGCUCCCAGAGUGCAGCAAAAUGUUGUUAUUGUACGUCAACCAUCUAAUCAAAAUGUUAUACAACAACAACAGCAGCCUCAAGGAAUACCGCCACAACAACCAAAAGUUGUAUUACCACCAAAUAAUUCUGUUCAUCAAACACAACAAGGAGUGCAAAAACCUUCACAUGUUGCAAUCGUACAGAGUCAACCGCAAAUUCACCUAAAACAAAUGCAGCCGCAUUACCAACAAUCAAGUUCAAAUUCAUCAAUUCAAAUCAAGCUUUCAUCAAAAUCUAGUCCUGUUGAAAAUAUUCAAUUUCAACCACAACUCAAAACACCUGUGCAGUUUCAAACAGUUCAUUUAUCUUCGAUUCCACAAACAUUGGGUUGUCAGGGCUCAUUGCCAAAAAUUUCUAUGACGGAAAAAUUUUCUCCUCCUGAAACUGAAAUUCAGAAUAAUUCAAACUUAGUUCAAAAAUCUCAUCCCAGUUCUUCAUCCGCAGAUGCAAACGAUUUUGCAGAAACGAAACUUGAUUUAGAGAAUGUACAAAAUCAAAAUGAAAAACAAUCAGAACUCGUUGAACAAAAAUUACUAAAAGAACCUAAUAUUGACGAACAGAUUGUACUUACAAUGAGUGAUAGGAAGCCAUUUGAUAAAAAAGAAAAUGAAUUGUUAUUGGAUGAAAAGGAAGAAACCGAAAUAAAAAAUAGAGACCAAGAUAGCGUUAUUCUGGAUCAAAUUCCUCAUUCUCAAAUUACGGAUUCAGUUGCUUCACCUGAGGAAGAGAGGGUAAUUAAGGAAUCUGAAAAUGUUUCCGUUAUUAAAAUGUCUAUGUCGGUUCCAAGUGCAAAUCAAUCUAGCAAGGAAAGAUCGCUUUUGACAGAAGAAAAUGUAAGCAAAUUAUUUUCUCCAGAAAAAGAUCAGCUCGAACAAGAUUCAAAAGAAGAUAGUGAUUAUUGGUCAGCGAAAGAAAUUAAUAUUGAGUCUGUUAUAAAGAAAGUUGACGCACUUUGUGAUGAAAGCAUAAAAAUACAAGAGAAGAAGACUACUGAAAAUUCUGAAAAUAAACAGAAAGAAAAUCAAAAUGUUUCUUCUGACCUUAAAAAUCAGACACAAUUAGAAAAAUCUUCAAAUGAUACCACAGAGAGCGAGGGUGAAAAGUCUGAUAAUAUUGUGAUAAAUAAAAAUGAAGAGACUUAUGAUGAGGAUGAGGUAAUAAUUGAAAAUUCCACAGAAUCUUUUGGUAAUAAAGCAAUAAAUAAGUUAACGAAAAGACCAAAUAUUCGAGGUAAUCGUAAUAUUAAAAAGUUGGGAAAUAUAAGCCAAGCGGAUCCAGUUACUCCUUUAAUUUCAAUGACAAAUGAAGCUGGCGUAAAAACACGGCGUGGAACCGCCAUCCUAGCCGCAUCUUCAACUAGGGGUCGCAAAGGUCGACCGUCUAUCAAAACAGUUACAGUAGCUGUAACAACUCCAAAUACAAAAAAAGCAACAAAAACUACUUCACCUCAGUCUUCCACAGGUCGCGAUGUUUACGAGUUUCAUGAUGAUUCGGGUGAAGAAACAAUUAACAAAAUUGUGCCUGUUUCCGAACGACCACGUUUGAUACUUACUAUCAAAAGUCCUGGACAAACUCCAUCAGCUUCUAUUACUUCGACUUUAACAUCACCUACUAAUAAUCAGCAAAAUAUUUCUCACUCAAAUCAAGAAGAACAACAACAGAAUAUUUCUGCAAACGAUACCCAAGUGAAGUUGAAUCAAGAAAAGCCAGAUGAGCAAAUUGAAUUUGAUAAUAACUUGAUAUCGUCACCAGUGGUAUCUUCGCCAACUAGCUCGCUUGAUACUCAAAGCAAAGAUCAACAACCAAAUACAAGAAAAUCCAAACGAUUGCAAGAGAAAGAUCGUAGUACUGUUGAUGACGUAAUUGAAGAUGUAGUAAGAAAUUCCCUACACUCUCCGAAAGAAAAUCAAACACCUCCAAGAAGAUCCACCAGAAAUCAGCAAAAUAUACCAUCUUCAAGUGAAAAAGUGCAAUCAAACAUGUCACCCGCUGAAAAUAAAAUCAAACCUACAAGACUAAAUCGUCGUACUAAAGAUCGAAAACCGAGUGAUGCUUCGGUUGAUAGUAAUGAUGAGAAAACUACUAGUUAUAAAUUGGUGGAUGACAAAAUGAUUGAAGAUUCGAAUAAAUUACCUGAACAAAGCAAAGAGCAUAGCAAAUUAAUCACGGCAAACUUACCUAGUUCAACAAGUACGGAAUAUGAUAAAAUUGAUAAGAAAAAAGCUGCAAUUCAAUCUAGUAUAAAUACUUCAGGUAUAAAUAAACAGUCUCAGGAAUCUUUAUCGUUAAUCGACCCAGUUACUGGUGUUCUUACAAUGGUUCGCCAAAAUCAAGAAGGUCAGUAUAUUACUAUAGGUGGAAAACCAAAACAGAUUUAUACUUCAACUGAAAUAGAGAAAAUGCAGAAACAGCAACCAAUUUCCAAUAUUGAAAAGAAAUCAAUUGAAGAAAAUAAUAUCGAUUCAAAAGAACUAAAUAAAAAUUCAGAGAAAGUGUCGCAACCAGCAAAAGACACGAUACCUGAAACAAAUUUCGUAAUUACAAGCAACGCUACUUCUCAUAAAACAGUGAGUGUGGUUGUAUCUGUUCCGCAACAACAAACUGAGAUAGCAAAUCCAAACUUAACAAAUUCAAUUACAACCACAACUGUGACGCAGUCAAAUUCUCAAUCACAGUCGCAUCCCAUUGUAAUUCAACCCCAAAUUUCGCAGCAAAAUAUACGAACGCAUCCCUUAAAAGCUCAUGUUUUAAAUAGUCAAAAACAUUUGCAGCAGCAACAACAAUUAGUUGGACACCCAGUACAAACUCAACAAAAUGACACCCAGCAGCAAACGCAGUUAAUUAAAGUAAAUCAAUCCCAACAACCUUUAAAUGCAACAGCGUCAUCUAUAUUGGUUAGCAAUCCAAAUCAUGUAAUACAACAAAAUAUUGUAGUUACAAGACAUAUGCCCGACACAAAUGAACCACAUCAUUCACCGAUAUCUACUACAACAACUCAACAUCAAACGCUGAUUAUAAAUGCCGCACCCUCCACACCAAGUUCACCGCAUCAACCGCAAUUGUUGUCUCCGCACAUUCAACAAAUUCAACAUCAUCAACAGCAUCAACAACAAAUAACACAACAACAACCACAUAACGUUCCUAUACAAAUUCAACAACAAGUUAUAACUAACAAUCAGCAAGGUCACCCUAUUGUCCACGUAUUUGCAAAACAACAAGGUAAUAUUCAACAGCAACCUGUUGUAAUUUAUAAUAUUAAACCGAUAACCAACAAUCAAACAGGUGGGCAGCCUUCAAGUCAUUCCACUUAUGCUACGUCAAAUAUCGUUCAUGGCGGCGGGAAAAUCAUUCAUUCAACGCAACCACAAAAUACCACUCAACAAACAUCAACACCAAAUACUUCCCAAAAUAAUAGUAGUAAACAUCAAUCUAUACAUGCUUCGAUACAACCAACACAUGUUUCAUCUCAUCAGAAGCAAUCUUCUCAUCAGACAGGAGUUUCUGUCGUAACUAGUUUACCAUUGGGCAAAUCACAACAAAUGAGUCAACCAGUUCAUAUACAAUCGCAAUUGGUUGGACAAAUACCUCAACAAGUAGUUCAACAACCAUCUCAUUUAACCACUACUCAAAAAAUUAAUUCCCAAACUAUGCAACCAAUCGGCACUUUAGGUACCAACACCAAUCCUACAAUUAUUCAGCAACAUAUUGGUCGAAAUAACAUAGAUAUUGUCCCAUCUGUCAGUGCAAUUGCUCAAUCACAAACGCAAAAUCAACCAAUGUAUAUUGCACAUACUAAUUUAUCUCAACCCCUUCAAAUUCCUAAUACAUCCGCAAUAAUGCAACAAAAAUCAAGUAUAUCACAAUCUCCGGGAACACAACAGCAAGCAAUUCCAACGCAAACACAUAUACAGCAGCAGCAACAAAUACCUGGCCCACCUAAAAAUGCAAUUAAUAUUCAUCAAGGACAAACAAUGAGUGCAGCUGUUAAUAGUCCGCCACCUGUGAAACAGCAGCUUAUAUCUGUAGGCCAGCCUUUAGUUGCAGGAGCUAACAAUAUGCGUGUAUCAGUACCAACAAUAAGUCCUCAAGGGCAAAAUAGAACUCAUAUGAUACAACCAGGGAUUCCUAUACCCACUUUCGAUACCAAUUCUCAGCAUGAAAUCGGGAAUUAUAAUACAAAUCAUUCGAAGAGUCCUCCUCCUGCUCAUCAGCAGGCUUCAUUAAUAACACCGAGCGAAGGAUCAUUUGCCUCAAAUCAAAUUAGAGGAGCAAUACCAAAGGAACAUUAUAUUAUUUAUCAACAAUAUUUGCGAGAUCAUCAAGCAAGAUUACCUUAUAUAUCCAGGUCUCCCCUAAUACCUGGAUUGACAGAACAAAAAGAAUUGGUUGAAAUGGAAGAUUCAAUUGCAUCUAGUCCCCCAUUAGAAUUACGCAGACCAGGUAGUGGACCAAGAUUGAUAGCCAUACCCCAUGGUUUGCAGAGUCCACAAGAUCAAACUAAUGAUUCUCCUCAAGCUGCUCAAGUGUAUAUACAUGGCAGUCGAAUACCUCAUCCCCAUUUCCCAGAGGUGGGGCCUAGAUAUUUUGAAAAUUUGAGGCAGUUACCAACAGAACCACCACCAGCACAUCGUCCAACUCAUAAUAUAGGUCCACCUCCACCAGCCGGUCCAUCACAUAAUUACAGUUCUUUACCACCACAACCAUCACCAUCUCAAUUAGCUCCAGUUUCUGGAACUUUGGUUCAUAUGCAUCCAAAAACAAUUGAAAGGGAACGACAACGUGAACGGGAACAAAGAGAACGAGAGCAACGAGAAAAGGAAAGAAUUUCAAUUCCAGGAGGACAUACAAGCAUGCCUAGUCAUGGUAGCCUAGUACCAGUAAUACCUACCUCAGGUGGACGGAGCUUUCAGGUUGCAACACCUCCACAUGCCAGUCAAGUGCCACCACAAGCUGAUUCUUUGCUUACUCUGUUACAACGUUAUCCUGUAAUGUGGCAAGGUUUAUUAGCUUUAAAAACAGAUCAAGCAGCUGUUCAAAUGCAUUUUGUAUUUGGAAAUCCUCUGGUGGCAAGAGGAUCUUUACCAUGCAAUAGUGAUGGUAGCACUCCACCUUUGCGUAUUGCACAACGCAUGAGACUAGAACAAGUUCAAUUGGAAGGAGUUACGAAGAAAAUGCAGUAUGAAAAUGAACACUGCAUGCUACUAGCAUUACCUUGUGGCCGAGAUCAUAUGGAUGUUUUACAGCAAUCUCGAAAUUUACAAACUGGCUUUAUAACAUAUUUGCAACAAAAAAUGGCUGCCGGAAUAGUAAAUAUACCUUUACCAGGAAGUGAACAACCAGCUUAUGUUGUUCACAUUUUCCCAUCAUGUGACUUUGCGAACGAAAAUUUAGAACGUGCGGCACCAGAUUUAAAACAUCGUGUUGCUGAAAUAGCUCAUUUAUUGAUAGUUAUUGCUACUGUUUAAAUUUUAUAUAAGAGGUAAAGCAAUAUUUUUAGGAGCAGUAAAUGUUUUUGUACUUCAUAAGGUAUAGUUUACCGAAUACCCCCUCAGAGGCUGAAAUAAAUUAAUAUGAAUUCAACAGAGACAAAAAUUUCAAAAUAGAAAAAACAGCAUAACAUAAAAGAAAAAAAAAAUUACAAAAGAAAAAAAAAAUAUUAACACCAAUUAAAUUUAAGUCUAUAAAGAACUUUUUAAAAGUUUUUUUUUUUAAUAUGAAAACGAUAUUUUUUACAUGAUUGAAAUGUUAAUAAACUUUUACCAGAUACAUAAUAUUAUAAUAAGCUCACAGCAUCAAAAUACAUAUAUCAAAAAUAAUGUAUUUAUUUAUGUUUAUAUAAUAAAACUAUUUACUUUUCCCUUAUUUCAUUCCAGUGCUAAAUAUAUAAAUGAUAUUUCAUAACACUGGAUGUAAAAUUGGAAAACUCAACGUAGUUUGAAAUUUCAUUUUCAGUGAUUCUGAGUUAAACUUAAGAUAUUUUUUUUUUCUUAAAAUUUCAAUAAAAAAAAUAAAAACGAAAUAAAAUGCACUAUUUUUGAUAUAUAAUUCAUUGUAAAAUGACCUCCAGAAAAAAAAUAUAAAUAACUGCAAUAUAAACUAAAAUUAAUCAUCUUUUAAAAAUAUUAGCUAGCAAAUUUAAAUAUCUAUUAUAUUCUUCUUUCUUAUUUUAUAUGAAAAAGAUAAAAAUUGUUUAAUAUAUUUUUUGUAUUUAUGACAUAAAUAUGAAAACGUCGUUUAUUAUAAAUUUGUAUAGUAGAAAAAAAUAAGAAUGUAAAAAUUUUGUUAUGUAAAUAGAAAAAUGCAAUGCGUAGAAUAGAACCACAUACAUAAUUAUGUUGCAAUUAAAAAAAAAAAGAAAAACAAAACCUAAAAUAAAAUAAAAAACAAAAAAUAAUGACACUGAACUUUGUAUAGUAUUUAUGUGUAUACAAAACUGUUUAUUUUAUGUACAAACUUAUUAAAGUCUAAUAAAAAAUCCACUUAAAAAUUGUAUACAAUAAUAUAUUAGAAUUUUUAAUAUAUUAUUACUUAAUAUUAAAUGAAUAAGUAAGACGAUCGUACAUAAAAUAAACAAAUUACAUAAAAUAAAUCAAAUAACAGAGACAUAUUAUAUGUAUAUUUUUUUUUUGUAUAUUAUUAAUAUUAAAUAUAAUAUUAAGAAUGUAAAAUAAUAAAUAUAUAAAUAUAUAUACUAUAUUAUACGUGUGUUUGUGAUAUAAUGUAUGAGAAUGAGUGCAUGUUUACUAGAAAUUUUUGUAAUAAAAAAAAAUACAUGUAUAAUUCUAUAUUAAUAACUAUGUCGAUGUUAAUGAACCACAAGAUUUGAAGAAGAAAUCAAUGAAAAAAUCAAAAUCAAUUUCAUCAAUUUAGAUUAUUUACCCAUUAUUAAAAUUACAUAAAAAAAAUUCAUAAAAAUUCUUUCACACUUAUAAUUAAAUAUAAGUCUGUAGUCUGUACAUAUUAUUAUAUAUUUAAAAAUUUAAAAUUAAAUUAAAAAAAAAAAAAUAAAAAAAUAAAACAAAAUGAAAAGAGCGAGUAUAGGGUAUGUAGAAAUAAAAAAAAAUAUAUAUAUAUAUACAAAAAAAAAAACAAAAAAAAUUAAAAAAAAUCGUUGUAAUAUUUUUAGAUAUAAAACUUCAUAAAUAAAUAUAAAUAUAUGUACAUAUAUGAAUUAAUAAAUAUAUAUAUAUUUAUACAUAUUUAUACAUAUAUACAUACGAACAGUUAAAGAUGAAUUAAAUGGUUAAAAUUUAUUAUUUAAUAAAUGUUAAUUAUUUUUGAUCUCAGAUUUUUAUUUAGAACAACAAAAGAAGUAAUUUAGGUUUUCCACCAAUCAAAAAAAAAAUAAUAAUAGCAUAUGCAUAUUAUAUAUAUAUAUAAUUUUAAUAUUUAAUAUUUUAUUUUUUAUUUAUUUAUAUUAAAUAUAUUUUUUUGUGAAUUUUCCUCUACUUUAUUUUAUAAUUUUUCUACUACAAAAUAAUAAUUUUUUUCUUUCCCUCUCUUAGUACCUUAAAAAGAAAACUAUAAAAUUUAAAAUAAUAAUUUUAAAUUUUACCAUAAAACAGAAUAAUAAAAAAAUAUAAAAUAAAAAUAAAUAAAUAUUUCAUUUUUCAAAUAGUUGUAGUUAAUACUACAAUAAAUAGUAAACAAUAGUUAAAUUGGAAUUAUAGUAAAUUCUUGAAAAUUUUUUUAAAUUAUUAUUGGUUUGGCGUGGCAAAAAAAAAUUAUGAUCGCUUUAUUAUUGUUUACUAAUAUUUUAUAAAGAUGUUCAUUUAUUUUUCGAAAAAACUAUAGAAAAAUUAAAAAUUUAUGAAUUUAUAUAUCAAAUAUUGAAAAGUUCGAAAAACAGGUUUAUUUUUCUAGAAAUAGUUUCUAAAUUUUCGCUUGUUUUUCAUUUUUAGUUAUUUUUUGAAUGCACACACGAUAAAAAAUUCCAGUAUGCGUCAAAAUAUUUUUAAAAAGUCUCAAAAUUUUUGGAAAUUGAAUAAUCAUUUUAUUAUGUUUGAAAUUGUCGAAAAUAUUUAAAACUGUUAAUUCAGAUAUCUGUUUUGUUUUUGUUUAUUUUUGCAAGUCUCAGAAAUUUUAAUUUUUAAUUCACCUCAAAUAUAAUUAUUAUUCGAAAAUAUUCAUGCCUCGAAGACCAGACUAUAAAAUCGGAAAAUUUGUUUUUAUUUGAAAAUAGAAACUUCUAAUUGAGCUUAUACGAUAUAUUAUAGGGCCUUUCCUAUAAUUUUUGCUCAAAUAUUUUACUACAGUUAUCAAUUCAUUUUUUUUUCAAUUAAGGGUACUAGAUUGUUGGAAAAUAUUCAUAAUUAAUUUCUAUGCUUAAUUUCAUUAACAAAUACACACUACUUAUGUUUAUACAUAAAAAUAUUUACUUCACUUAUCAUUUUAUUAAAUUCUAGAAUAGUUUUAUUAAUUUAAGAAUAACCUAAAAAUUAAUAUAAAUAAUUAUGCAAAAAAAAAAAAAAAAUCGUGAAAAAUUCGUGUAGAAAAAAUGAAUAAUUAUAAAUAAUUUAAUUAAGAAAAUAAUAAUAAAAAGAACUAUAUAAAAAUAUGUAAAAUAAAUUUUAUUUUAAAAAAAUUUAUAAAUGUAAAUAUAAAUAUAUACCCAUAUACAUUAAUAUAUAUGUAUACAUAUAUAUACAUAUGAAUUUGCUUAUGCACACCUAUAAUA